AUGGAAAAAGAAUUAAAUGACGAGCAUCUUGUAUUACUGAAGGUCCUGUUCCUUCAAUUCGAUGAGGAGUGCAAUGAUAAAUUGCCGGCAGGAAUCUUCGCAAGAGCUGUACACAUGGCCUUUAAUAGCAUUGGUGAAUUGAUCACGUUGGCUCAAGCCCAGGCUAUUACGGAGCAGUAUAACGAUGGCACUGGUUACUAUAGUUUUGAUAAAUUUGUUACCAUUUUAACUGGUAAAAUGGUGCAAAUUUACACAAGGCCAGAAAUGCUUAAACUAUUUCGAGUUAUGGACAAGGAACACAAAGGCUUCAUAACCGUUGAGGAAAUGCGUCAAAAAUUUGGUGAUCGUUUGACAGAAGAUGAAAUUCAAUGUGCUGUUCGCUGUGGUGAUGGAAUUCUUACCUUUGAAGCUUUCUACACUCUAAUGAAUCCAUUUAAAAAUUAA